AUGAUAGAACCUGGGAUCCUCCUGUUCCAGUCUGCAUACAGGCCUCAGCCGCUAAAUGAGAAGGGCUGUGGUGUCCCAACGAAGUUAAGCUUUGCUGAGCUGAAGAGCGAGUAUAAAAAUCAGUCUUCCUUUCCUGUUGGGAAGACUAUAAACUAUACUUGCCGGCCCGGAUACAGUAGACACCCGUGGACUGAAUCCACUAUUACAUGCCUUGAAAAUCGAAAGUGGUCAGAAGCAUUCGAGUUCUACAUCCCCAAUGGAAAACGCACUGGCAAGUUCAUGAAAAACUUCUCUUAUGGGUCAGCUGUAACCUACAAAUGUGACCAUGGUUACCCGCUCAUUGGAGAGGCCUCUAUUCACUGCACAACUGAGGACGGGCUAAACGGAGUGUGGAGUGCGCGUCCCCCUCGGUGUGGAGAGGUUAGAUGCCCAGCCCCACAGAUCCAGAAUGGAAGAAGAGUAUCUGGUGACAGACAUGUCUAUUGGUAUAAAGACAGUGUUACCUUUGAGUGUGAUCCCGGCUACACCAUGAAGGGUCACAGUCUGAGUCAGUGCCAAAUUGAUGACACGUGGGAUCCACCUCUGCCCGUCUGUGAGCCAGUGCUGCAGUGUCCCUCUCCUCCAGCCAUCGCCAAUGGGAAGCCCAGCAUCCAGGCCUCGGCAGUGUUCACCACUGGAACGUCUGUAAAUUACAGCUGUGAGCCCGGCUACUCCCUAACUGGGCAGGCAUCUAUUUAUUGUACGGCAUCCGGAACGUGGAGCCCUUCCCCUCCUCGGUGUGAAGAGGUUCUCUGCAUCGCCCCAGAAAUCCAACAUGGAAGAAAAGUAGCUGGACGUGGACCUGUCUAUAGACCCAGGGACACAGUUAGGUUUGAAUGUGAUCCUGGCUACACCCUGAAUGGCAGCCAUCAGAUUCAGUGCCGAGAUGAAGGAACCUGGGAUCCUCCUGUUCCAGUCUGCAUACAGGUGACGUGCGUGAGCCCAGAAGUGGAGAAUGGAAGAGCAAAUGGGAUACAGCCUGCCUACGGACCCAGAGACAUUGUUGUGUUUGAAUGUGACCCUGGUUACACCUUGAGCGGCAGCCCAGAGACUCAGUGCCAAGAUGAUGGUAGAUGGGAUCCUCCUGUCCCUGUCUGUGAAAGAAUGCCGCAGUGUCCCUCUCCUCCAGCCAUCGCCAAUGGGAAGCCCAGCGUCCAGGACUCGGCAGUGUUCACCACUGGAAUGUCUGUAAAUUACAGCUGUGAGCCCGGCUACUCCCUAACUGGGCAGGCAUCUAUUUAUUGUACGGCAUCCGGAACGUGGAGCCCUCCCCCUCCUCAGUGUAAAGAGGUUCUCUGCAUUGCCCCAGAAAUCCAGAAUGGAAGAAAAGUAGCUGGACGUGGACCUGUCUAUAGACCCAGGGACACAGUUAGGUUUGAAUGUGAUCCUGGCUACACCCUGAAUGGCAGCCAUCAGAUUCAGUGCCGAGAUGAAGGAACCUGGGAUCCUCCUGUUCCAGUCUGCAUACAGGUGACGUGCGUGAGCCCAGAAGUGGAGAAUGGAAGAACAAAUGGGAUACAGACUGCCUACAGACCCAGAGACAUUGUUGUGUUUGAAUGCGACCCUGGUUACACCUUGAGCGGCAGCCACGAGACUCAGUGCCAAGAUGAUGGUAGAUGGGAUCCUCCUGUCCCUGUCUGUGAAAGAAUGCUGCAGUGUCCCUCUCCUCCAGCCAUCGCCAAUGGGAAGCCCAGCGUCCAGGACUCGGCAGUGUUCACCACUGGAAUGUCUGUAAAUUACAGCUGUGAGCCCGGCUACUCCCUAACUGGGCAGGCAUCUAUUUAUUGUACGGCAUCCGGAACGUGGAGCCCUCCCCCUCCUCGGUGUGAAGAGGUUCUCUGCAUCGCCCCAGAAAUCCAACAUGGAAGAAAAGUAGCUGGACAUGGACCUGUCUAUCGACCUAGGGAUACAGUUAGGUUUGAAUGUGAUCCUGGCUACACCCUGAAUGGCAGCCGUCAGAUUCAGUGCCAAAAUGAAGGAACCUGGGAUCCUCCUGUUCCAGUCUGUACAGAGGAGGUUCUCUGCAUCGCCCCAGAAAUCCAACAUGGAAGAAAAGUAGCUGGACGUGGACCUAUCUAUAGACCCAGGGAUACAGUUAGGUUUGAAUGUGAUCCUGGCUACACCCUGAAUGGCAGCAGUCAGAUUCAGUGCCAAGAUGAUAGAACCUGGGAUCCUCCAGUUCCAGUCUGCAUACAGGCGUUGCCAUGUCCCCCACCUCCGGUCAUUGUCAAAGGGAAACACAAUGCCAAGCCAUUGGCAACUUUCAACAGUGGAACAUAUGUGAACUACAGCUGUGAACCCGGCUACACACUCUGGGGAGAGGCUACGAUCUAUUGUACCACAUCUGGAACUUGGAGCCAUCCUUCUCCUCUAUGUGAAGAGGGCUGUGGUGUCCCAACGAGGUUAAGCUUUGCUGAGCUGAAGAGCGAGUAUAAAAAUCAGUCUUACUUUCCUGUUGGGAAGACUAUCAACUAUACUUGCCGGCCUGGAUACAGCAGACAGCCGCAGAUACCACCCACUAUUACAUGCCUUCAGAAUCGAAGGUGGUCAGAAGCACUCAAGUUCUGUAAAAAGAAAUUGUGUGGUCAUCCCGGAGAGCCGGAGAACGGCAGAGUUAUUAUAUCAGAUCUCCUCUUUGGGUCAACCGUCAACUUCACGUGUGAAGAAGGACACCGGUUGAUUGGACAGCCUUACAGACGAUGUGAGAUUUCUGGCAUGCGUGUUGCAUGGAGUGGUGAAGUUCCCAUUUGUGAGAAGGUUAGAUGCCCAGCCCCACAAAUCCAGAAUGGAAGAAGAGUAUCUGGUGACAGACGUGUCUAUUCAUAUAAAGACAGUGUUACCUUUGAGUGUGAUCCCGGCUACACCAUGAAGGGUCACAGUCUGAGUCAGUGCCAAACUGAUGACACGUGGGAUCCACCUUUGCCCGUCUGUGAGCCAGGCAAGUGUCAAAACUCUGAUUUCCACGUGCUGCUGCAGUGUCCCUCUCCUCCAGCCAUCGCCAAUGGGAAUCCCAGCGUCCAGGACUCGGCAGUGUUCACCACUGGAAUGUCUGUAAAUUACAGCUCGUUGCGGUGUCCCCCACCUCCGGUCAUUGUCAAAGGGAAGCACAAUGCCAAGCCAUUGGCAACUUUCCCCAGUGGAACAUACGUGAACUACAGCUGUGAACCCGGCUACGCCCUCCGUGGAGAGGCUUCGAUCUAUUGUUCCUAUAACUUCAUCUCAGGAGUCCUCGGGAUCGUAGGUGGCGUACUGCUGCUUCUCCUGGUUACCAUCAUUAUCUGGAGGAUUUUGUCUACGCAGAAAGCAGGGUCGAUCAAACCAAGAACAAAACGCGAAGGAGAUAUCCGUCUCCGGGCCUUACUAAUGGAGUUGGCAUUGGCCCCGGCACCGGCACGCCGACCCGAUCCAGCUCCGGGCGUGUCAUCGGUGCGCAGCGAUGCCCCAUCAACUAGUCGGCACCGCUCCCCCGCUAAGAAGCAAGGGAAGACUCAGCGGUGCCAAGAAAACGAUAGGGCGUCCGCCAGGGACUCCGAGGACGACGAGGAGAAAGAACAACGGGACGAGGCGCAGCAGCUCGAGUUCCUGCAGGCCAUCUACCCCGCAUGCCUCGCUGCCCAGCAGAGAGGGGAGGACACAUUGGAGCCACACUGCUCAAAGGCGGCUGUGGUGGAGAGAAUUGUGGAGCUCAUUGAGGAGCUUCCUCCUAACUCCCCACCCGACGCCGUCCUGGCCAACUCCCUCGUUGCUGUGGCCAACCUCAGAGCUGACCAUCCGUGA